AUGCCCGAUAUUCUUUCCCAGACUUGCGUGAACGCGCAUACACACACAAUCUAUCUAUCUAUCUAUCUAUCUAUCUAUCUAUCUAUCUAUCUAUCUAUCUAUCUGUUUCAGUCUCUUUAUAUCUAUCUCUGUUCACAUCUAUCUAUCUAUCUAUCUAUCUAUCUAUCUAUCUAUCUCAGUUUGUUCAUGUCUAUCUAUCUAUCUAUCUAUCUAUCUAUCUAUCUAUCUAUCUAUUUGUUUCAGUCUCUUGAUAUCUAUCUCUGUUCACAUCUAUCUAUCUAUCUAUCUAUCUAUCUCAGUUUGUUCAUAUCUAUCUAUCUAUCUAUCUAUCUAUCUAUCUAUCUAUCUAUCUAUCUAUCUAUUUGUUUCAGUCUCUUUAUAUCUAUCUCUGUUCACAUCUAUCUAUCUAUCUAUCUAUCUAUCUAUCUAUCUAUCUAUCUCUGUUUAUAUCUAUCUAUCUAUCUAUUUGUUUCAGUCUCUUUAUAUCUAUCUCUGUUCACGUCUAUCUAUCUAUCUAUCUAUCUAUCUAUCUAUCUAUCUAUCUAUCUCAGUCUCUUUAUAUCUAUCUAUCUCUCUAUGGAUCUAUCUCAGUUUGUUCAUAUCUAUCUAACUCAGUUUGUUCUUAUCUAUCUAUAUAUCUAUCUAUUUAUUUCAGUCCGUUUAUAUUUAUCUAUCUCAUUCUUUUCCUAUCUAUCUAUCUAUCUAUCUAUCUAUCUAUCUAUCUAUCUAUCUAUCGACUUGAGAUCUCAAUAUUAUCGGCUUGAGGAGAUCCUAGAAGCGCCUGACAACCAUACCAGAUUAUUCUCUCUCUCUCUCUCUCUCUCUCUCUCUCUCUCCACAAACUUCAUUUCACAUCUAUCUAUCUAUCUAUCUAUCUAUCUAUCUAUCUAUCUAUCUAUCUAUCUCAGUAUCUAG